UGUGUCAGACGACAUCGCUCUACCCUGAAACCGAGAAAAUUUACUAAGCCAUAUACGAAUAUUUUACUUUUAAAGAUAAUACUCGACCUACAUCCUGUAACGUAAACAUGAACAGUUUAAUUAUCAUCCCUACAUUUAUCAGACAUUUGGUCUAGACUGGAGAAGGCACCUCGAAAAAAAAUUUAAGGGAUGAAGCGCUCCUGCAGCUCAGAGUCACAGACAUCUAGCACACCGCGAAAGCUUCCAAGGUACCCCAGCACCAAAACUCCAACACCGUCAACAAGUUGCAGCAGCACCAGCUUUUCAGACAACAUCUGCACCCCAGAGCCUGCAGCAUCAGCUAUUCCACAUCAGACUUUUCCUAGGAUUGUCAAGAGAGGAUUAAAGAGAGCUGGUCCUUACCUUUUAGGUCCUCGGAUAGGCUCUUCUCCUGUGCACAGUAUUGUGCAGGUUUUGGCAAGGAAGGAAAAUACAGAUGAUUUCUACACUUUAAAGAUCCUGACACUUGAAGAGCCAAACAGAGAGACGCAAGAUGAUCGGCAAGGAAAAAUGCUGAUGCACACAGAGUACUCCCUCUUGUCUUUACUUAGGGAGCAAGAUGGUGUUGUGCACCAUUAUGGGUUGUUCAAGGAUGAAGCUUGGGAAGAGAGGGAGGUGCCUGACCAACCUGCAAUGGUAGAACAAACAGGCCGCAAGCGGAAACGUAUUUGCCUUGUUUUAGAUUGCCUUCUGCCGCAUGAUUUUGGCACCAGUACAUCAGAACUUGUCAACUUGCAACACUAUGUCAUCAAGGAGAAAAAGCUUUCAGAAAAAGAAGCUAUAGUCAUAUUCUAUGACAUUGUGCGCAUUGUAGAUAAUCUUCAUAAGAAAAACAUUGUUCAUCGUGAUCUGAAACUCGGCAACAUGGUGUUGGACAAACGUACCAGGCGAGUCACUGUGACCAACUUCUGUCUCGGCAAGCAUUUGGUUUCUGAGACAGAUCUUCUGCGUGACCAGCGAGGGAGCCCAGCGUACAUCAGCCCUGACGUGCUUAGUGGGAAACCCUAUGGUGGAAAGCCAAGUGAUAUGUGGGCACUUGGUGUAGUGCUGUUCACAAUGCUGUAUGGACAAUUUCCCUUUUAUGACUGCGUCCCUCAGGAAUUGUUCAGAAAAAUAAAAUCUGCUGAGUACACCAUUCCCAAUGAUGGUCGUGUCUCGGAAGCAACAAAAAUGGUCAUCUGUAAACUCCUUGUUCUGGAUCCUCAGGCAAGAAUGACAGCUGGGCAAGUGCUUGACACCCUGGGUGCUAUCAUAGCUCAGUGGAAAGCUUCGGCCUUCUCGAAUCCCCUGCAGAUGGUUCCGGACGUCGACGACAAGGACAGCUGCAACGACACAAAACCGGAGGACACCCCCGCGAACGGCACAUCCGACUUGGAGAAGCGUUUGUUCGAGAUUCAGAACGACGUGGUGCUGGAGCACAAAGCCGCCAGCACCAUGUCCGCCGUGCAGCCGCCGCGACGAGAGGCCGGUCAUCCGACAAUCCACAGACUCAACGUGGACGCCCAGCCAUUGGUGGCCGCCGAUUUGUACGUGUACAGGGCACUGCUACCCCGCCAGAUUGCCAAUAAACAGUGAAGACGUGGAGCGCACUGUUGCCAACAUAACAAUAAGGAGGUAUUGGUGUAAAGAGACUAUCCCUGUGCUAUCCGCUGUAGGCACCUGUGACGGGAUCUGUGCCUUACUGUAAUGCGGGUAUUAAGUGCGUCUAACAUAAUUAGUUAUGUGUCUUGCGGUGGACAGCGGUGUAGGGUUGUGAGAUUCUGCAUGGCACCAUCACCACAUCCGAGUGGCGCGGACUUACUGGCCUACUACGUCGUCACAGCGGAAACAGUGAUCACAGCCGGCGUUCUUCACGUUGAAGCGAAAGAACACUCUCAUUGUGAAACAAUUACAGUCUGGGUCACCGUGGGCCCGGGGACGGAUGUUAAUAGAAACGUAAGGUCUACGUUGCUAAGCAAAGUGUUGACCUUGGUACCUCGUGGGAAAAUUUUUUUCUCUUGUCUGUUGAGGACUCAGAUUUUGUCAAAAUCUUAGACGAUAUGAAACGUAAGACUGAAAUAGGACGAAAGAUUGUGCAAAGAUAUAUAAGUUUGUCAUCACUCCCAAUUGUUGCUGUUUUCAAGGCUGAUUUAUUAUAUAAACUCCCUGUUAAUGAAUAUCUGUUAUUAAAAAUACAUAUUUCAUGCUU